CUAUCCCGGCACUGAAAAAUUUCUCCCUAUCUGAAACCUUUGACUCCGCCCACAAAACCUCAGCCUCAGAAUCAAUCAUGCAAAAGGCCUCCUGAAGUUCUCUCUCUCUCUCUCUCUCUCGCUUUGAUGGCAUGUCUUUCUCUCUCUUCAAUGGCCUUUGCUCCUAAAGAAUCGACCCUGGGCUUGAAUUACUUAAACAGGAGUAGCAGUAUAUGUUUGUCGCAAAUCGAAUUUGGUCCGAUUAAGAAGUGUCGAAGAGUUGGGUUUUCCGUUUGCAGAGCUACCUUGAACAGCUUUCCCAACAUAGACGCCGAUGACUUCCGACAUCCUCUUGACAAGCAGAAUACGCUGAUUAUGAGGGCGAUUCCGGGGCUAAAUGAGCUUGUUAAAGGCGUACUAGGAACCGUUGCAGAGACAUUCAUGGCACUCGAGAAUAUGGGGACUUCAGUUCUUGUUUCUGAAAAGCAGCUUCCUGAACUGCAUCAGCUAAUGGUUGAGGCUGCGGAAAUUCUGAAGACUGAAGCUCCUGACCUUUAUGUGCGCCAAAGUCCAGUUCCCAAUGCCUAUACCCUAGCUAUCAGCGGUAAAAAGCCAUUUGUCGUUGUUCAUACUAGUCUUGUGGACCUUUUGACACGAAAGGAAUUGCAGGCUGUUCUGGCUCAUGAGUUGGGUCACUUGAAAUGUGACCAUGGUGUAUGGCUGACAAUUGCAAAUAUUUUUAUUCUUGGGGCGUACGGUGUUCCUGGGCUUGGUGGGCUGAUAGCUCAGGUUCUGGAAGAACAGCUAUUCCUUUGGCUCCGAGCGGCAGAGCUUACUUGUGAUCGUGCAGCCCUUCUUGUUGCUCAAGACCCAAAGGUUGUCGUCUCGGUUAUCAUGAAAUUAGCUGGUGGCAGCCCAUCUAUUGCUGAUCAACUAAAUGUGGAUGCAUUCUUGGAGCAAGCUAUUUCUUACGACAAAGCUUCUUCAAGUCCAUCCGGGCGGUAUAUAAGAAAUGCUCAAACAAGGCAACUUUCACAUCCACUUCCGGUUUUACGUGCUCGGGAGAUUGAUGAGUGGUCAAGGAGUCGAGAAUAUAGAAACCUUCUGGUUCGCACAUUACCAAAAGAAUAAAGACCUAUCGUUCGGAAAAAGCAUGGAAAUUGCGAUGCUGAAGUUUGAAAGCUGAUGCAGCUAGAGUACAUUAUACGGUUAGUCUUCGGAAGAUUCAUUAUUUCGCUCUCUACAUGGUUGUUAAAUUGCUCUCUGCCUGGGGGACAAUUUGCCUAUCAGAUAUUGUUGGUUGAAUCUUUUGGUGCUUAUUUGUGUUUCCUUAACUUGAUCACUUGCAAAGUUUCUUUUCCUGCUCUCUGUCUCAGAUCUCAAUAUGGAUAUGUGGAGGGAGUGCUCGAGAUGCAGUGGGUUGGAUUCAGACUUAUAUACUUUCUGUGAAAUUAUCGGAUAUUCAUCCUAUUGUAAAUGUACCAUAGUGAAAUUGUACUUGUAUAGGGUUUGGUGGUCAUUCUUGUCAAAUAUGUUUAAACAUGGCUUGUUUUUCGAGCGACUUAAUCUCAAACAAGCUUUUAUUGA